AUGGCCACUUCUGUAACAUCCCAUUCACUUUCCUCCAUUGCAUUAGUAAGCACAGUAUCGAUCAUCUCUCUCUCAACAUUCUCUCUCAUAGAAGCUUCCAAUUGCUUGUGGCCUAGCGGUACCAAGCCCUUACUUCCCAAAGGGAGGUCAGUGGUUCAAACCUCACUGGAGAUAAUCACUGCUAACGGGGAAUACCUGAUGAAAAUAUCAAGUGGGACACCACCUGUUGAAGCAUUAGCCAUUGCUGAUAGUGGCAGUGAUCUUAUAUGGAUACAAUGUGAGCCUUGUAACGAUUAUUACAUGCAAAAGGCUCCUCUCUUUAAUCCUAAGAACUCUUUCACAUUCAAAGAGGUUUCUUGUCAUUCAAAUCAAUGCCAUCCCUUGAAAGAACCUCUUGCCAAGCAGGUCAUGGAAGUUGACAGUAGUCAAUGUCACAUGGCAAUAUGUCCUACAGUCAUGGCGUUCUUGCCACCGAUACUUAUGAAUGGUUCAGGCAUUGCUGGCCUUGGUGGUGGACAUGUUUCCCUUAUUUCUCAAUUGCGCUCUUCUAUUGGCGGCAAAUUUUCUUAUUGUUUGGUUCCUUCCAUUCCUCAGUUGUCAAAGUCUAGCAAAUUGAAUUUUGGUGACAAUGGGGUGGUUUCAGGUGCUGGGGUUGUUUCUAAUCCACUUGUUCCAAAACCCCCAGUCACCUUCUACUACUUAACAUUGUUAGAAUCAGCAGUGAAAAAGGCAAUUCCUCUAGAACAUGUCGAUGGCCCUGAGCAACUCAACUUGUGCUAUAUGACUGAGGAAGAUAUCGAUCUUCCCAUUAUCACAGCACAUUUCAAAGGUGCAGAUGUGAAGUUGAAUCCAUUGAACACCUUUGUUAGAACUAGCGAAAGUGGUGUGUGCUUUGCUUUUGCCCAGUCUGAAAAUGUUGCCAUUUUUGGAAACUUGGCACAGAUGAAUUUCUUGGUAGGCGAUGACCUCCAAAAGAAGACCGUGUCCUUUAAGCCUACUAGUUGUGGCCAACAGUGA